UCCAACUUAAAGUUACUUUGUCAUACGUCCAAUUUUUCUAUGUAAAGUCAUGUAAAGCACCAUUUGUAUGUUUAGAAAUUUUGAAUUUCAAAAUUACGGCUAUUUUAAAAGACAAUGGCCAGUGGUGACUCACCAAGUCCUCAAUACAUGACGUAUUCAAAAUCAAGGGUCCCUUUAUUGGGUGCGCUAAUAGAUUAUGUGGAUACCAGCAUACAUUAUUUAUGGACAAAAUCAUUCGUUGCAGCUGAACAAAUGCAUGUACAAACAUCAAAAUCUACGCUAUCCAUUUCUUUUAUGACUUUCGUAUGCUUAGUGUUAGGUUUACUUGCGAAUGUCAAGAUGGAAGUUGUGACUAUUGAUGAAACGACUUUGGAACACGAUCUCCACAUUGUUUUAUUGAGUGAGAAAUAUAAAUUGUAUGUGGACGAUGUCGAUGUAUCAAAAAUUUUGUGCUGCAUUGAAGCUUCCGAUACCUUAUUGGUAUUGAUAUCCUGCUUCUUGAUAUGCAAUUCAGGAUUUGCGCGUCAUCCUACUUGCGAGUACAUGUAUUUACCCUGGAUGGGUGUAACGCUGCGUGGACUAGCACUACGUCAACUACCAACAUGCGCUGCUCUCCUCUACACAAUGUAUGUCGCUAAUGAAGAUAUCAACACGCUGUUUCUCACUUCAUUCGCUUUAUUAUUCAUUACAGAGUUACGACUGUGGUUGGAGGUUGUAAGGUUGGUAUGUCUCCGAUGGGAGGCCAAUGAACAAGUGAAGAUAUGCGGUUUGGAACAAGAAGUCAAGACUCUAUGGAGUAACGAAGAGGUGCCCAGUAUUGAAGUGUCCAAUUUUGUUUAUUAAAUUUUGUGCAAAGAUUCGAAUGCUGAGAAAUUAUUAAUUGAUGUUCGAAAACGUAUCGU